GUGUAUUCGACUUUAUUAUUUACUUAAGGUGCAGCAACAUAAUCUUGUGGUCAAAGGUGUAACAUAUCAAGAUGGAAGCUUGGAAAUUCUUUAGAUUGCUUAUCUGCAUUACGUUUUAUUUUCACCGUCUGCAAGCACUAGAGUCAUCUUAUUACAUGGGCUGUUUUAAAGACGACAUUUUCCGAAAAGCCAUUUGGCCUCCGAUAACAAAUUUCAACAACGGCGAUCGGUGUAUUCGCACUUGCAGAGCUUCAGGACACACAUUCGCCGCUACACAGUCCCAUUACUGUAAAUGUGCCAUGAGUAUUGGUGGGAAUCCUCAACAAGUCAGAUGUCAAUAUAAAUGUCCAGGAUACCAAAAUGAAAUCUGCGGAGGCUCAAACAGUAUGUCAGUGUAUUACAUAAGGUCACAACAGCCAUUUGGUUACGUAGGAUGUUACGAAAAGAGCACAUUUGGAAAAAACAUCAUGACGACGGUGACGCGAGAAAACCAUGGCACGUACUGUAUUAACGUUUGCAAGACGUUAAUGUACAGAUAUGCUGGUACACAGGGUACAUUUUGUAAAUGUGGUCACUCUAUUCGAAGUCAUUCUAAACGAACAGAUUGUACGUUUGUAUGCGCAGGACCGAGGAAUGAAUACUGUGGGGGCUUAAAAAGCAUGUCAGUAUAUGAUAUACGGUUAGUAACGAAGGCUGUUACACCAAAGACAACUGAAACUCAUAGUGUGGUUCCAAACACUACCUUGAUAAUAUCGACUGACACGAUAGAAGAGUUAACUGAACCAACCACUCGGAAUGAAAUAGUAACGAAGGCUGUUACACCAAAGACAACUGAAACUCAUAGUGUGGUUCAAAACACUACCUUGAUAAUAUCGACUGACACGAUAGAAGAGUUAACUGAACCAACCACUCGGAAUGAAAUAGUAACGAAGGCUGUUACACCAAAGACAACUGAAACUCAUACUGUGGUUCAAAACACUACCUUGAUAAUAUCGACUGACUCGAUAGAAGAGUUAACUGAACCAACCACUCGGAAUGAAAUAGUAACGAAGGCUGUUAAACAAAAGACAACUGAAACUCAUACUGCGGUUCCAAACACUACCUUGAUAAUAUCGACUGACACGAGAGAAGAGUUAACUGAACCAACCACUCGGAAUGAAAACAGGACACUUUGGAUUCCAGCAGAAAUUUACACGUCGAUUCAAGCGGGUGUCAUUCUUAUUGUAGCUAUUGUUGCAGGAGUCAUCGUAUUGAUCCGGAGAAAGAAGCGGUUACAACAUGAGAUUAGUCUCAAGAAUAGCCUUUACAAAAGUUCAAAGAGUGACGGUCCUAACCGCACAGUGGGAAAAGAUGAUGACAACUUAAAUACAUCAUUAGAGAGUGAACUCCCAAGUCGUGUUACAGCAAAGGCUAACAACGACAAUAUAUUAUUAAGUGAGCUGUUACAGAGUCAAAUCCCAAGAAGUACCGCGGCACACGCUGACGAAAAUUUAAGCGGAAUUUUACAGAGUAACGUUUAUGGUUUGAACGUGGGUAACGCUGACAUCGAUUACGUAACCGAACCGAGUGUUCACACUAACUCUGUAGCGGUUCAUGAUUUCGUAAACGAACCGGGUGUUCGCACUGUCUCGGUUACGGUUCAUAAUUACGUAGACACCAAUUACGACGAACUAGUAAGUCAGCGUGUAGAUGAACAUAGCUACGUUCCACUGACAACGUAACCUACAUCAAACGAUGGCUUUCUUAUGCUUACAGUUUAUAAACUUCAUUAUCCAGAUUGUUAUCUAAGUUGUCAUGACUACCACAGCACAGGCAAAGACUGGAGCUGCAUUUAAGACACACAGGCCUAUUUUCAAAAUAUGAAAAUCAAGUUUUGAAUCUUUUUAAAAUACACGCAAAUCUAAAUACAUUUAAAACAAAUCUAUGUAUACUUUAUUGUAAAUAAACGUGACUAUUAGUUAUUAGCA